AUGAGCCAAGACUCUAAUAUCGCACCAACCUGUUCAAAAUGUAUAACACCUCUAGGCGAUCAACUUGUGAGAGCUUUAGAUGGUGCAUUUCAUCCUGAAUGCUUUACUUGCUGGGAUUGCAAUGCACCUGUUGCUUCUAGAUAUUUACCACACCCAACUGAGCCCGGUCAACCACUAUGUGAACGAGAUUACUUUAAAAGACUCGGGCUUGUCUGUGCUACUUGCGACGAGCCUUUACGAGGCACCUAUAUUAUCGCAUUGGAUAAAAAAUAUCACACCAAUCAUUUCACCUGUAAUGAUUGUUCUGUUGUAUUCGGUCCUGAGGAUUCGUACUAUGAACACGAUGCAAAAGUAUAUUGUCAUUUCCAUUAUUCAACCCGAUUUGCUGUUUCUUGUGCCGGUUGUGAUAUGUCUAUUUUAAAACAAUAUGUCGAGAUUGAAAGAAACGAUGUUGUGGACCACUGGCAUCCAGAAUGUUAUAUGAUUCAAAAGUUUUGGAGUGUCAAAAUUGCGCAUCCUGUUUUAAAAGAUAGUGAUCCAAUGAUUGCGCGUGAAUAUAAACCACAGAACGCUUUGGAAUUACUCAAGGUACAACGCGAAAUGGAAGAGAAAGUGAUUAGCAUUUGGUCCGUUUUAUCAGCAUUUGAAGAAUCAUCUGCAGUAUGUAUUUCGGAAAUGCUUUUGCAUGUAUCCAAUGGUGCUUAUAUAGAAAGUAUUUGUUUGUCAGAGAGAUUUCUGGUUCAUGUUGAGGCAUUAUUUGCUGGCAUAGAUAAGAUUCAUAGUAUAUAUCUGGAAUAUAACCAAACAGAAUUCAAAUACACGCGGGAAGCUAAAAUGCUUUGUAAAAAAAUCAUCAAUUUCUUUUCAUUAUUAUCAAGAACAGGCGAUAUGGAAAUGAAGAAAUUGGGAAUCACGCAAGAAUUAUUAUCAUUAGUUACUGGUUUAGCUCAUUAUUUAAAAAUUCUGAUUCGAUUAGCAUUAACUUCCGCUCUCCGUCUGGAAAUCAUUGUUGGCAAACCUGUCGUCGUGUCUCGUUUGUUAGCCAAAUUGAUGGAAAUUCCAGGAAAGGAAAGACAUAGCCGGGAUUGUCAACGAUUAAUCAAGGCUAAAAAUACAGAUUUCUGCCAUGUAUGUAGAAAUACAAUUGAAGACCAAUGUGUAAAAUAUGGUGAUUAUCGUUGGCAUAUGGCUUGUUUCAAGUGCAGACAAUGUAGUCGUCAAUUGUCCGUCCCUGACAACGAUGCUGUCUUUAAUUCGGCUUCUUGCACAAUCCAAUGUAUUGGAUGUUCCGGUCUUACAAAAAGAGAGGCUACGCCAUUUGAAUAUAUCUCCAAAUUGUCUCAGUAUAGUUUUUUGCUAAGAGUUGCUCUUAGCCGCCUUUGUAACUUGUUGCAAAUUACAGAUAACCAACUUUCUUCAGUGGAUUAUUCAUCGAAAUUAAAACCAGCCACAAAUCAACUUUUAAAAGAUGCCAAUAACAUUCAAUUGUCGCCAUCAGCCGAAAAGCAAUUGACGAUGAUGAACGACGGUAAUGAUUUUUAUCCAACUGAAAUUCCUGAUGCCAAGAACACUCAUCUGGAUAGAAAAGUAUCACGAUCAUUUAAAACCGCCAAUAAACGUUCUACAAUACUAGGUAAUGCGGAUCUUACAGCCUCACUUAAAACUCAGACCACACCAACGCGGAUGGAUAGUUUACGACGAUUAGACCAACAUAAAGAUUUACCCGAAUUACCUCCAGCACGUAGUGUCACGCGUCAUAAAGCAACACGUAGUGUAGGUUUAGACGAUUUACCGCAAAUGGCUGCUGCUGCUGUAAAACAGUCUGUUCGUGCCGACCAAAAUAUUCGUAUCACCACCGGCGCAUCAGGCCGUCCUCGUGUAUAUUUGUCUGAAUUGUCUGCAUUGCAAUACAUGAUUAUUCGAUAUGUUGCCGUAGUACAAGUAGAACAGUAUGUCAAAUCCUUCUUUUCUUCCAGUGAACUACUCAACUUGAUUGAAACAAAAAAAUCUUCAAUCUGGGGGAAAUUCUUUCCAUUUAAAAACAAAAAGAGUCACUUGCCAAAAGCAAAAGAGGAAGGCACGUUUGGUGUACCACUCGAUCUCUUGACCGAACGUACAGGUGUUGAAUCCAAUCUGGGAUCCGGCCAUUCACCAGUAAAAUUAGCUGCUUUUAUUGAUGAUUCCAUUACUGCCAUGAGACAAAUGGAUAUGACCGUCGAAGGCGUCUUCAGAAAAAAUGGUAAUAUCAGAAGACUGAAGGAAUUGACGGAUAUGAUGGAUAGAAAUCCAAAUGACGUGGAUCUUACCCAAGAAAAUGUGAUACAGGUUGCUGCCUUACUAAAGAAGUUUUUGCGUGAAUUGCCUGAUCCUUUAUUAACCCAUCGAUUACAUCCUUUGUUUAUUUGUGCAGAGAGAAUUGAAAAUCCGUUAGAACGUAAAAGAGCCUUACAUUUAGCUUGCUGUAUGUUGCCCGUAUGCAAUAGAGCAACCAUGGAGGUUUUAUUUGUAUUCUUUAGAUGGGUUGCUUCAUUUUCUCAUGUUACAUCCGAUGUGGGUAGUCGUAUGGAUAUUCCAAAUCUGGCACGUGUGAUUGCACCAAAUAUUUUGACAGCCAAUUCCAAAGAUCCACUCAAGGAUGAUUCAUUUGCGUCUAUUCGAGUUGUUGAGGUUUUACUAGAGUCAUACGAAGAAUUUUGCAUGGUUCCUGACGAUUUAGAAAUCUUUUUACAAGAUCCUAAUUUAAGCGACGUGGAUAUAUCACCUAAGGAAUUUUUGAAACGAGUUGAACAAACAGUCAAGCACAAGAGUCCUGGUUCAUCCAAGUCUAGUAUGCAUUCAACGCAGCAGGAAGGGGUGAAAUUAUUCGAUGGUACAGUAACGGAUGGUCGCCAACACCCACCUACAUCUAUUUACGCACAACAACAGUUUUUACCUUAUACCAAUAAUCAUCCAUCAUCGGACUAUUUCCCUCAGCAGUUAAACAUGCGAUACCAUCAGCAAGCACCGCCACGUAGAAUGGAUAGUCAUGAAAGUUUUCAUUCCUAUCAACAACAACCAUCAGAAAGAUAUUCAAGUAAACAUUAUCAUCAGCAACAAUCUCCUUUAAAUACCACCACACCAUCCCAAUAA